AUGUCAAGUUCAGAGUAUAAUAAGACGACGAUUCUUCUAAAUGGUCGCAACUGGCAGGCGUGGCGUUUCCAGACGCAGAUUGUUCUUCGUUCGAAGAAACUAUUAGAGAUUGUUUUGGGCAGAGAGGUGAGGCCUAAAGAAGAGGGAAAAACACAAGAAUCAUGGGAUGACAGAGAGAUAAAAGCCCAGGAGAGCAUGCCGGAGGAGAAGCAGAGCUUGCAGGAGCUGAUGGGGCGGUUGUUGGUCGAGGAGGAGCGUAGUGGAAGUAUACCCAGCAGCAGCGCCAGCACGGCACCUCAAGACUCGGCAUUAGUGGUGGGUAUGCGGCAUCGUAUUAAAUGUUUUGAGUGUGGCAAAGUAGGCCAUAAAAUAAGUGAAUGUAGGUACAGGAAGUGUUUUAAUUGUCAGAAAAUAGGUCAUUUAAUCAAAGAUUGUAAAUUGUCAAAAAUAAAGAAUAAUGAGAAAAAUAAGUCAGAGAAAAAUAAUUCAAGUGAAAAGAAUAAGCCUAAAGAGAGAAGUAAGAGUUCAAAAUCUGAAUCUUUUUUAUGCCAUUCUACUAGGGAAAUUGAAUGUAACUAUUCUUUUGAUUCAAAAAUGUUCUUUUUAGAUUCAGGUGCUAGUGACCACAUGUGUUUUAUUAAAAAGUAUUUUACAGAGUUUUGUGAAUUAAAAGCUAAGAGAUUUGUGACAAUAGGAGAUGGUACUAAGUUAGAGGUUUUGGGAACAGGAAAGGUUAUUGUAUGGGCCUUUAAUGGUUCUAGUUAUGUUUCCCGUACGUUGGAUGAUGUUCUAUAUGUACCUAACCUUAAAGUAAACUUAUUCUCUCUAGCAUCAGCUGUUAAUAAAGGUCACACAAUGGUGUCAGAUUCUAAUGGAUGUAAGUUUUAUAAAAAUAAUUCAGUAACAGCAGUAGCUGAUAAGUUUGACAAAAUGUAUGUAAUGAGAUUUAAAUUAAGUGAUGUAGCUUUGUUAACUUUAACAGAUUGGCAUAUUAAGUUUGCACAUCAAAAUUACAAGUAUGUUAAAGAGUUUUUAGAUUUAAGGGACAUUAAAUAUGAAGGGCAGACUGAUCAGUGCUUACCAUGUAUCCAGGGAAAACAGCAUAGGUUACCGUUUAGUCAGAGUAGUAGUAGGGUAUGGUAUCCAGACACAAGAAGAGUAGAAAUUCAUAGGGAUAUUGUAUUUGUAAAAGUUAAGAAUAACUUGGACAAUGCAUUAGAGAAAGAUGAAACGGAGAAUGAAGAGGUAAUAGAGAAUGUAGAAUCGAUAGAAAAUAUUAAAGAAGAACAAGAAGAGGAUCAAAAUCAAGAAGAAGAUGACGAGAUUGAAGUAGGAGAACACAGAGAUGUCCAGCAGCAAGAAGAGGCAAGAAGCAUUGCAGAAGAUGUAACAUCAAGUGAAGUAGACAUGAUGGAAGAGUACUUAGAUGAAGAAUUUUUAGAUGCAGAAGAAGAUAUUCCUAAAAAUGAAGAAAAGAAGAAUUCUAGAAAGUAUAAUAAGACGACGAUUCUUCUAAAUGGUCGCAACUGGCAGGCGUGGCGUUUCCAGACGCAGAUUGUUCUUCGUUCGAAGAAACUAUUAGAGAUUGUUUUGGGCAGAGAGGUGAGGCCUAAAGAAGAGGGAAAAACACAAGAAUCAUGGGAUGACAGAGAGAUAAAAGCCCAGGAGAGCAUGCCGGAGGAGAAGCAGAGCUUGCAGGAGCUGAUGGGGCGGUUGUUGGUCGAGGAGGAGCGUAGUGGAAGUAUACCCAGCAGCAGCGCCAGCACGGCACCUCAAGACUCGGCAUUAGUGGUGGGUAUGCGGCAUCGUAUUAAAUGUUUUGAGUGUGGCAAAGUAGGCCAUAAAAUAAGUGAAUGUAGGUACAGGAAGUGUUUUAAUUGUCAGAAAAUAGGUCAUUUUAUCAAAGAUUGUAAAUUGUCAAAAAUAAAGAAUAAUGAGAAAAAUAAGUCAGAGAAAAAUAAUUCAAGUGAAAAGAAUAAGUCUAAAGAGAGAAGUAAGAGUUCAAAAUCUGAAUCUUUUUUAUGCCAUUCUACUAGGGAAAUUGAAUGUAACUAUUCUUUUGAUUCAAAAAUGUUCUUUUUAGAUUCAGGUGCUAGUGACCACAUGUGUUUUAUUAAAAAGUAUUUUACAGAGUUUUGUGAAUUAAAAGCUAAGAGAUUUGUGACAAUAGGAGAUGGUACUAAGUUAGAGGUUUUGGGAACAGGAAAGGUUAUUGUAUGGGCCUUUAAUGGUUCUAGUUAUGUUUCCCGUACGUUGGAUGAUGUUCUAUAUGUACCUAACCUUAAAGUAAAGUUAUUCUCUCUAGCAUCAGCUGUUAAUAAAGGUCACACAAUGGUGUCAGAUUCUAAUGGAUGUAAGUUUUAUAAAAAUAAUUCAGUAACAGCAGUAGCUGAUAAGUUUGACAAAAUGUAUGUAAUGAGAUUUAAAUUAAGUGAUGUAGCUUUGUUAACUUUAACAGAUUGGCAUAUUAAGUUUGCACAUCAAAAUUACAAGUAUGUUAAAGAGUUUUUAGAUUUAAGGGACAUUAAAUAUGAAGGGCAGACUGAUCAGUGCUUACCAUGUAUCCAGGGAAAACAGCAUAGGUUACCGUUUAGUCAGAGUAGUAGUAGGGUAUGGUAUCCAGACACAAGAAGAGUAGAAAUUCAUAGGGAUAUUGUAUUUGUAAAAGUUAAGAAUAACUUGGACAAUGCAUUAGAGAAAGAUGAAACGGAGAAUGAAGAGGUAAUAGAGAAUGUAGAAUCGAUAGAAAAUAUUAAAGAAGAACAAGAAGAGGAUCAAAAUCAAGAAGAAGAUGACGAGAUUGAAGUAGGAGAACACAGAGAUGUCCAGCAGCAAGAAGAGGCAAGAAGCAUUGCAGAAGAUGUAACAUCAAGUGAAGUAGACAUGAUGGAAGAGUACUUAGAUGAAGAAUUUUUAGAUGCAGAAGAAGAUAUUCCUAAAAAUGAAGAAAAGAAGAAUUCUAGAAAUAGCAAAAUGGUGAAAGAAACUACAUAUUAUGACAUAUUAGGUGUAAAGCCUAACUGCACAACAGAUGAGCUAAAGAAGGCAUAUAGAAAACUAGCUCUUAAAUAUCAUCCUGACAAGAAUCCCAAUGAGGGUGAAAGGUUUAAGCAAAUAUCACAAGCUUAUGAAGUGCUUUCUAAUCCAGAUAAAAGAAAAAUCUAUGAUCAAGGUGGAGAGCAGGCAUUAAAAGAGGGUGGUGCAGGUGGCAGUGGUUUCUCUUCACCCAUGGACUUAUUUGACAUGUUCUUCGGUGGAGGCUUCAGUGGAGGAAGACGGCGUGGACGUGAAAGAAAAGGCAAAGAUGUUAUUCACCAAUUAUCUGUUACUCUUGAAGAACUAUACAAGGGUGCUGUCCGAAAACUUGCCUUGCAGAAGAAUGUGAUAUGUGAAAAAUGUGAGGGCCGAGGUGGUAAGAAGGGAGCAGUCCAAGUCUGCCCCACUUGUCGAGGUACAGGGUUGCAAGUCCAGAUCCAACAGCUGGGACCAGGCAUGAUCCAACAAAUCCAGACCAUGUGUUCAGAGUGCCGAGGUCAAAGGGAGAUCAUUGACCCAAAGGACAGAUGCAAAGUUUGUCAAGGUCGCAAAACUGUUCGUGACCGGAAGAUUCUGGAAGUUCAUGUUGACAAAGGUAUGACAGAUGGCCAGAAAAUUGUAUUCAGUGGUGAAGGAGAUCAAGAACCUGAAAUGGAACCUGGAGAUCUUAUUAUUGUUUUAGAUGAAAAGGAGAAUGAAGUGUUCAAAAGAUCUGGCAAUGAUUUAAUAGUUAGGAUUAAUGUUGAGCUGGUGGAGGCUUUGUGUGGCUUCCAAAAAGUAAUUAGAACUUUGGACGACAGAGAUAUCGUCAUAACAGUAUUACCCGGAGAGGUUACUAAGCAUGGUGAAGUCAAAUGUGUUCUAAAUGAAGGUAUGCCAAUGUAUAAGAAUCCAUUUGAAAAAGGAUUACUUAUAAUACAAUUUUUAGUCAAUUUCCCGAAUAGCAUUCCACCUGAAGUCAUUCCAGCAUUGGAGAACUGUCUGCCACCUAGACCUAGGGUGGAGAUCCCUGAGCUAGCAGAGGAGUGCACACUCAUGGACUUGGACCCGGAGCAGGAGAAUCGGCGUCGCCGUGGCAACGCUGCCAACGCCUACGACGAGGAUGACGAGCAUCCCGGUGUCAACCGCGUGCAGUGCGCCACCGGC